AAGAAUUCAUUUUGUUAUUGCAUGCUUUUGCAUGGGACAAGUUGUACAGAAAGGGAAAUAAUUGAAAGGCCAGGAUCUUAGUUUUCCUUAUAUAGAGCAGAAGAAGCAUGUUGACUAAUAAUUCAAUUAUCUAUUAUUGUACUCCAAACUAAAGUAAACAGAAAUGAGUAAUUCUAUCCUACUUUUUGCUAAGUUUUUUUUCCGUCUUAGCUUACUGCUGCACCUUUGGAAACUCGGCCCUGGAUCUAAAUUUCGGACUGCUGCUCAAAGCUUGGUUAAUGAUGAAGUUGAAGCUCUAAAUAUUAUAGCAGAAAAGUUAGGAAGAAAGAGCCCGCCGUCCGGCCGGUUUAAUGACACUCUUUGCAAUGACGACAUCUUCUCAUAUUACGCCGCCGGCGUUGUAUGUGACUGCACAUACAACCUCAACAAGACUUGUCAUAUAAAGAAACUCUUAUGGAGCGAGGAAAGUUUAAUUGGAACUAUACCAGAAGAAGUUGCCAAUCUUACUCAUCUGGAAGUACUUGAUUUUUCUGGCAACCAACUUCACGGUACCAUACCUGAUAUCUUGGGGAAUAUGAGUUGGCUUUACGGCCUGGUUCUUUCAAAUAAUCAAUUUAGUGGACGAAUACCUGAAAGCCUGGGGAAUUUAAAGGCCCAAGCUCAAAAUCUCUCUGAUGAUCCGUACUCUCGAAUUAAGGGAACUUGCCCGCAAUUCAACCUGGAUCUUUCAUGGAAUCAAUUGGUUGGACCCAUACCAGAAAGCCUGGGGAACAUAACAAUUGAUCUAACCAAAAUUGGUGGAAGAAGUAUGGGGCCCCGGUCAGAGUUAGAAUGCGAUAUGAGCAUGUUUUCUAUGGACCUGUCAUACAAUAAUCUGAGUGGAGGCAUACCUGCCAGUUUAGGAAAAUUGAAAUUUCUUCAAUCACUUGAUCUACGUUAUAACUAUCUCACGAAUUCGAUACCGCCAUCUUUGGGAGAGAUUUCAUUUCUGCUAGAACUGGAUGCGAGUAAUAAUCAACUCUCUGGUUCUCUUCAACCCACACUUGGAAAUCUGAGUUAUCUUGAGCUUCUCUGGUUAUCAUCCAAUAAUUUCACUGGCAUUUUCCCGGAAAGUUAUGCCAAAUUUAAAAAAAUGGGACAAUUUUCUAUAUCGGGGAAUUAUUUGUCUGGUCCUUUCCCCAAUUUCAUAACAAACUGGCCUAUCAAAUUAUUGUCUGGUGAUCGCUUGCCCCUUGAUACAGUGUCUCUUUGCGGAAACAAUUUUAGGGGAAACAUAUCUCCAAACAUUAUUGUCGUCGCUCAAAGAUUGAUUAUAUGUGAUGUUGGAAACUCUUCUCUCAAAUUCCCUAAAUUAUCUGUAGAUAACUUUUCGUCGCUCGUGAAUACCAUUGUACUGAGGAACUGCUCAAUCUCUGGUUCAAUACCUGCGUACCUUGGGUAUUUAUCAACCUUACGAUACUUAGAUUUGAGCUUCAACAGAUUAACUGGUGAAAUCCCAGCCUCUUUCGAACAUGCAAAUUUAACUUACAUGUCUUUUGGGGAGAAUAUGCUUACUGGUUCAAUUCCAAAUUGGAUUCCACAUGCAGCUCUCUCAACUAAGAUCGAUCUCUCAUACAACAAUUUUUCAAACUUAAGCUUCAAAGAUCCAAACAGUUCAAAUAUAAGUCUGUUUUCCUGCUGUUGCUGUGAGCCAGAAAAGACGACUAAUGUGAAUCAAUUGAUGACAGAAAAUUGUCCUGGAGGGAAACCUAAAUAUAGUUCAUUGUACAUAAACUGUGGUGGUGAAGAAGCAACUAUAAAUGGGAUUAAUUACGAGAGUGAUAAUCGCACAUCAAAUUUUUAUGUAAGUCCCAAAGGAAAUUGGGCUUAUACUACUCCAGAAAGCUUUGUAGCAGGAGACACCAACUACAGCGAUCACAUUAAAAGGGUCAAAUGUGGAUUUUCUGUUUCUGAGGCACCUUUAUAUGAGAAAGCUCGUUUUUCUCCUCUCUCCUUGAAAUACUACGGAUUUUGUUUACAUAAUGGUAAGUAUAAUGUGACACUACAUUUUGCUGAAAUUGUUUACACGGAAGAUGCAGGCGGCUACGACAGUAAAAAGAAACGUGUAUUCGAUGUAUAUAUUCAGGGAAACAGGGUGCUAACAGAUUUCAACAUAAAAAAUGCGAGUGGACCAAAUAACGUUGCCAUUGUUGACAACCUUACCGCCGUUGUGAGUAACAAUCAAUUAGAGAUUCACUUCUACUGGGCUGGAAAAGGGUCUUCAGACUACACACAAGAGCCUUUUAUUCUAGAUGACUUUGUACCCCCUCCUGAUUUUAACGGGCCACUCAUUUCAGCCAUUUCCGUAACUCCAGAUUUCAAACUGGGUAAGAAAUUAUCUCCUGUACACAUAGCCUUGAUCACGGUUGCUUCAGUUAUAUUUGCUCUGUUGCUUUUAUUGGCUCUCGCUUGGAUGAUGGGAUGGCUGGACAAAGAAGACUUACAAGAAAUAAGAGUUGGUGAAGACAAAACAGUUACCCUCAAACAGUUAAGAGAUGCUACUCGAAAAUUUAGCAAAGAUACAGAGAUCGGUAGAGGGGGUUUUGGAACUGUUUACAAGGCUGAAUUUCCAGAUCAUCAUGUUGUAGCUGUGAAAAAGCUUGACGCUCUUUCGGUGGAGGGAAUUGACAAAUUAAAGAGCGAAAUCUAUACCCUCCAAUCUUUGAGGCAUGAAAACCUCGUUCGUUUGUUUGAUAUAUAUGUUGGAAAGGGCUUGUAUUUGCUUAUCUAUGAGUACAUGGAAAACAGGUCCCUUGCAGAUGCCUUGUUCAACCCAGAGCACAAAGUCACGCUUGAUUGGGAUGCAAGAUUUAACAUUUGCCUUGGGAUUGCAAAGGGUUUGCAGUAUCUACAUGAACAUCCUAGAUUCAAGAUGGUUCAUAGAGGUAUUAAAGCUGCUAAUAUUCUUCUCGACGGCACACUUAAGUCUAAGAUAUCAGACUUUGGAUUGGCAAGCGCAUAUGCUGAGGACGAGACUGAUGCAAUUAAAGUCAUCAAAACAGAAGCGCCACAUGGAUACAUGGCACCUGAGUACCCAAUGUAUGGAACAAUAUCAAGUAAAUACGACGUCUAUGGUUUUGGAGUGGUUAUACUGGAGCUUGUUAGUGGCAGAAAAAAUGCAGGCCAUAAACGCAACCAAGAUGAGCUUGAGUUUCUUGUAGACGAGGUUUGUGUAGCGGAUACAAAAGGAAGGUUGUUGGGUUUGGUGGACAAAAGUUUGACCGUUUAUGAAACGAAGCAAGUCAUAACCAUCUUAAAGUUAGCAGUAAAGUGCACCAAUAUAUCCCCUGGGGUCAGACCCACAAUGUCCGAGGUUGUGAGUGUUCUAACUGAAGAAAAAACUCUUGACGAGAUUUCUCUGCCUGAAGCCUCCGAUGAAGCUGCCAAAACUGAUCAAGACCUUGCUAAAGAGUAAAGAUGCAGAAUCAUUUGCUUCUGCAUAACUAUGUUCUUAGAAUAAGUACUAUCAAAGGGAUAGAUAAAAAUUAAAGAGAACAUUUGGUAGCUGUGGAGAUUAAUGUCAAGUUUAGUAAAUUAUCGCUGAAUUUGUUAUUUUCUAGUCAAAUUGAUAAAAUCGAUAAUUGUUAGAAAACAUUAUAUAGGAUUGGGUGACUCCAAUUUGAGUUAAACUUCAAUUAUUUUCAUCUCAGGUAAGAUAAGGUUUUAUCCAUCUAUGCCAAAAAUUGAAAGAGAAACAAGAAAGAAAUCUUACAAAUGCUUGCUUGAUAAGCUAUCCCCUCCUCCAAGCUUGCAAAAGUUGUGUCUUAGGAACUGUCACAGGGAAAAUCUUCCCAUCUGGGUUAAUCCAGGAAAGCUUUCCGAAUUGAAGUACUAUCUUUGCAUUGAGAAUGGUGAUCUUCAUAACUUGACUGUUGAGAUUGAAGAUAAGAAUUGUAAUUUGGCAUGGAACAUUGAAGUCCUGUGUGUUUGAAGUUCUUAACUCGGGUUGAGAUAGAUUGGAAGGAGUUGCAGAAAGAAAUGCUCUGUUACGCCACCUGGAGGUGAGUCAUUGUUACAAGUUGAAAGAUUUCUCAUAUACGCUCUGUUAAGACCCCGGGAUUCUGGACAAAAAAAGCAAGGCCCUGAAAUUGAUUCCGAGGAUACCAGUACCAAUCUUAAAGAUGAUAUUUGAUAUGGUUACGUACGUGUGUGAGUGUUACACAUUAUACAUUGUGUUAUAUGGAUGAUUUUAGUAUCGAAGCGAGAGAACUCAGAACUUUGUGAGAUAAUUAGUGCGUUUUCAAAUAUAUUGUUCUAGUGUGCUAUUUUUCUUUUUCA